AUGUCGGCCUCUCCUUCAAAGGAACAUGAUCUUGACCCGGAGACGCAAUCGGGAGAAGAGCAAGACAAGGAUCACCAUGACGCGCAGGGACACCAAGGCGAGUUUGAGGUGAAGGAACAAGAUCGGUGGCUUCCAAUUGCCAAUGUGGCUCGUAUAAUGAAGCUUGCGCUUCCCGACAAUGCGAAAAUCGCAAAAGAAGCCAAGGAAUGCAUGCAGGAAUGUGUGAGCGAGUACAUCUCAUUUAUCACGAGUGAAGCCUCGGAGAAAUGCCAGCAGGAGAAGCGCAAAACAGUCAACGGCGAAGAUAUCCUAUUCGCUAUGACCUCGCUUGGCUUUGAGAAUUACGCUGAAGCUCUCAAGAUCUACCUAUCCAAAUAUCGUGAGACCCAAUCUGCCCGCGGCGACAACCAGAGACCCCCAAGUGCUGGGUAUGGAGCCGGAGCUGGAGGACCGGUUGGUGGCCAGGGCGGAAGCGGAUCUGGGCUAGCUCGUCCAACGGGGUUUCCUAAUGCGGAAGGCGCAAAUGCGAUGUCGAACCUCAACCUUGACCCGUCCGAGCAAGACGCCUCUGCCUACGGCUAUCCGCCCAUAGUUGGCCAGUCUCACAACGGCGCAGCCGGCGAGUCAUACUAG